AUGACGGCGGCGUUGGGGCUGCUCUGGCUCGUGGCCUUUGCCAGCGUGGGGGGCGGCGGGGGGCCCGGCCUGGCGUCCCCCCUCCCGGAGCCGCGACGGGACAUGGCCCCCGUCGCCGUCCUCUCGGUGUCGGAGCAGGAGCUGAGCAGCGUCUCGGAGCAGCUGUACAGCGCCGAUGAGAACCGCGCCGGCAGCGAGGACAUCGUCCUGCACCUGCAGCACCUCACCGCCGACGAGGUCGGCGCCGGCAUCGACUAUGCCACCCAAAGGCUCUUCUCCUACGUGGCGGAGGCUCGGCUCUUCUCCCAGCCCACCUUCUCCCGCUUCCUGGCCCUGCUGGACAACUACGAGGAGGUGACGGGCCGCGACGAGACGGUGACGGCCGAGGAGGAGGAGGAGGAGGAGGCCUUCCUCGACGCCGUCUUCCAGACCCGCGUCAUGGCCACGCUGACGGGCUUCUUCCUCGCCAAGGGGCUGUACCCCUCGGAGGAGGCUUUCCGGGCUGACCUGAAGGAGAUGUGGUUCGGGCUCUACUCGCGCUCCGGCGGGAAGGCUCUCGACUCCUCCGGCUUCGAGCACGUCUUCCACGGGGAGAUCAAGAAGGGGCAGGUGUCGGGGUGCCACAGCUGGGUGCAGCUCUACACCCUGGAGCGCUCGGGGCAGCUCAACUACCUGAGCUACAGCUACGACGGGCCCUGGGCCACCUUCCCCGACGUCUUGGCCCUGCAGUACCGCUGGAGCGGUCACCUCAAGAGCAUCGGUUCCACCUUCGUGGGCUCCAGCCCCGAAUUCGACUUGGCCCUCUACACCCUCUGCUACAAGACCCGACCCGACCGCCAGUGCCACGUCAGCCUGGGGGGCAAAGCCGCCACCGUCCAGACCUACUCCUGGGCCAACUCCUUCUACGACAACCGGCGCUUCGUGGCCUCCUCGUACCCCCUCAGCCCUGAGCCCCCCCAGCCCAAUAAACCUCCGCUCGCCCCCCCCGUGUCCAUGUGGCUGCACACAUGUCCCUAG